UGAUGACUCAUCAACCGCAACGGACGGACAAGAGUACAACGGACGGCAGAUGGGCAACGCCCUGACGACAUGCUGCUUCCUUGGGCAGCAGGCCGAUGAUGAUGAGGCUGCAGAUGGGCUGGGCAUGAUGGUCAGCCCCAGUGGUCGCGGUUACAGUGGCACAGGCGUUCACGAUUCCCGCCGUCUCACAGAGGACAGUGUCAUCGAAACCCCAACAACGUGGCAGCAAGUGAUGGGCGGUGGCCAUGGGGAUCUCAUCACCGCCGUCGCCCUGUGCAAGGACCUUUCCCCACAAGUCAGAUUAGCGUCCACGUCCCUCGAUCAGAGCAUCAAGGUACAGUCGCCCCUCGCGCAGGAUGCCAGCUCAACCUUCACCAAGAGCUUUGACACAUCCCUCUUAAACUCGGCCUGGUUGAGCGCAGAUGCGCUCGCGGUUGGAACGCGUUCAGGGGACGUCGUUCGCCUGAUUGCCGGCCACGCGAGCCUGUCGGAUGCACACACCAUGGGCUCGCACCAGCUCGGUGUGACGGGUAUGGCCGCGUUUGGCGGGUACCUCUGCACAGGAUCGCGCGAUGGCGAGGUCAAGUUCUGGGACCUGGCCACUCUCGUCAACACAGCAUCUCUCAAAGUGCAUCGCAACGUUGUGACGGCGAUUGCGCCAAUGGGCCCGAAUUUGUUCUGUCAGUCGAGUGAAGACAAGAGCCUGCGCGUGUGGGAUGUGCGAACAGGAAGCGUCGCUGUUCAGUUCCCAAAGCAGCAGUACAUACUGACGAGCUGUGCUGUUGCUGGUGGUGGACGUGACAAUGCCCACUUGAUUGUCACGGGUUCCUCCGGUGGCGGUAACCAGAUGCAGGGCGCGCUGCUCACGCUGUGGGAUAUUCGAACAUCCGGCAAAGUCCAAGACUUCCGAGGCCACGAAUCAGGCAUCUCAGAUUGCUCCUUCAUCAACGAGCGGCUGUUUGUGUCCUGCUCCAAGGAUUCAACCGUGAGGUUAUGGGGCGUUGACGCACAGAGUGCUCUUGACACCAUGUACUUGGAGCGGGCGCCCACGUGCUGUGACACAACACGCGAUGGGCUGCUGGCGUUUGGAAACACCAAAGGCGACCUGUUUACUGCUCAUGUUGACACCGCCUCUCCUGGUUUCCUCGCCACAUAGUCCAAUUCAUGCCACCCUCAUCAAAGAGGUGUGCCUGUGAGUGUAGUUGAUGCCCGUUGGCAGGAGCAGUUGACACAUUCCACCAGCGUCAUUUCUCCUCUCUGUGUAUAUUUCUAUCUCCUUCGCCCCUCGCAUUGUCUGUACACACCCAAUGCGCCUUGCUGCCUUGCUGCCUCGCUGCCUCGCUUCCUUGCUUCCUUGCUCUUUUCAUUGUGUUGCGAUCCAUUGACAAUACACCUCAACCCCCCCC